UUGGCGCUUUCAGGCCGAGCGGAGGCGGCGCAGUAUUUUUCUCAAGAAAACGUGGCCGAGAACCGCAUCGGAAAGCUUUCUCGUGGUGGUUUUCCUCAAAAUCGAAAGAAAUACUUCGUGCUAAUCUUUUUAUAAAAACGUCCUUUGGUAGCAGCCAGAAGGAACGUCUCUCCUGUCUUCCUGUUUAUCGAAUAUGUACUAUGGAACAUGCUGGAGAAUAUGAAACGCGGGCCACGCCAUCACACAUGUACCAUGUGGAGAGACAAGUAUACAACCAAGGGAUCCUGCAUGAGCAGCUACAUACGAAGGACAAAACAACUCGGUCCCUUCAUCAGAAGAUAGCACACUCUCUCCGCUGUUCUUCCAAGAAAGCCAAAUCAGUUCUCUAUGGCUUUUUCCCGAUUUUAACAUGGCUUCCUCAAUAUCCUGUGAAAGAAUAUUUGAUGGGAGACUUGAUCUCCGGGAUCAGCACGGGGGUCAUGCAGCUACCUCAAGGGUUGGCGUAUGCAUCACUGGCUGCCGUUCCUCCAGUGUUUGGCCUUUAUUCUUCGUUUUAUCCCGUCUUUCUGUAUACGUUUUUUGGAACCUCCAGACAUAUAUCAAUAGGAACUUUUGCUGUCAUCAGCCUGAUGAUUGGCGGUGUGGCAGUGAGAGAAGCCCCUGAUGAACUGUUUGAGGUGAUGGGCACCAACUUGACCAACGGGACCGAUGCCAGAGAUGCCAUGCGGGUGAAAGUAGCCGUGGCGGUCACCUUGCUAUCAGGUAUCAUACAGUUGUGUUUAGGACUGCUUCGCUUUGGAUUUGUAGCCAUUUACCUCACAGAGCCCCUGGUUCGUGGAUUCACAACUGCAGCAGCUGUGCACGUGUUCACUUCUCAGCUGAAGUAUCUGCUUGGGAUUAAUAUCAAACGAUUCAGUGGCCCUCUCUCUGUUCUUUAUAGUUUGAUUGCGGUCUUCUCCAACAUCACCAAAACCAACAUGGCCACUUUAGUCGUUGGGCUCAUCUGCAUCGUCCUUCUACUGAGCGGCAAAGAAAUCAAUGACCGUUUCAAGAAGAAGUUAGUGGUUCCGAUUCCCCUGGAGAUCAUUGUGGUGGUCAUAGGCACUGGAGUUUCAGCAGGAAUGAAUCUGUCCAAAACUUACAACGUCGAUAUUGUUGGGAACAUACCCAGUGGGUUAAUCCCUCCUCAGAUACCUGAUAUCAGCCUCAUCGCGGAUGUGUUUGUCGAUGCCAUCGCUAUCGCUCUUGUUGGGUUUUCCAUGACCAUCUCGAUGGCCAAAAUCUUUGCUCUGAAGCAUGGCUACACGGUGGAUGGGAAUCAGGAACUCAUCGCAUUAGGCAUCUGCAAUUCCACCGGAUCCUUUUUCCAGACGUUUGCUAUCACCUGCUCGAUGUCUCGGAGCCUUGUUCAGGAAGGCACCGGAGGGAAGACACAGAUUGCAGGAACUCUGUCUUCAAUCAUGGUUUUCCUGGUGAUCAUUGCCAUUGGUUAUCUUUUUGCACCUUUGCCACAGACUGUGCUGGCAGCCAUUGUCAUGGUCAAUCUGAAAGGCAUGUUCAAACAGUUUGGAGAUAUUGUCCACUUUUGGAGAACCAGCAAAAUCGAACUGGCAAUUUGGAUUGUAGCUUUUCUCGCCUCAGUUUUUCUGGGCCUGGACUACGGCUUACUCACAUCGAUUACUUUUGCUGUGAUAACCAUUGUCUACAGGACCCAAAGUCCCCACUAUAGAAUCCUUGGCCCGAUUCAUAACUCAGACAUUUAUUGUGACGUGGAACUGUACGAAGAGGUAAAAGAAUGCCCUGGGAUUAAAAUAUUCCAGGCAAAUGCACCACUCUAUUUCGCUAACAGUGAGUUAUUUACCAGCGCAUUGAAAAGAAAGACUGGCCUGGAUCCUCGUAAAAUAUUGGCAGCCAAGAAAAAAGCACAAAAGAGACACGCAAAGGAACAAAAGCGACUGGACGAACAGCAGAAGAAAGCAGUUUUGAAGAUGACAAAUGAUGUAGACCACAGCAUGAAACACGAAGUGAUGCAAGAUGAAGUUUCACUUAACGGGAAAUUCUCGGCGGCCGAAGCAACUCCGCAAGACUCCUCUCCAGAGGAACUGGAACAUUUUAUGAUACCAGGAAGCAACGUCCACUCCAUCAUUCUCGAUUUUUCACCCGUGAACUUUGUGGAUUCAGUUGGAGCCAAAGCCCUUCAGUCAAUCAUAAAAGAAUAUGAAGAAAUUGGUAUAUCAGUUUAUAUAACCGCCUGCAAUGGCUCUGUUAUGGACAGCCUCUCUAGACUGCAUUUUUUUGAGAAAGCAUCCUUCCGAGAUUUGUUCUUUCCGAGCGUUCAUGACGCUGUCCUCACCAGCCAGCUGAGAGGCUUCUCUUCCACCUAUCUUUAACUCAUCUCCUCCACCCUGAACUAUGUGGAUCUAUUCCCAAGGGCUCCCGUAGACAUUUAUUUCAUUUGCACAGACGACGGAGCCAAAGACUAGCCAGUCCUACGGGUCAGGGUUGCAUCUGCACCCACACUGCAACAAGCCUGUGUUUUUCCCUGCCAGCCUAUUUCCGGCCCGAAGACUCCUGAAGCCUUAAUCCUUUUCAACGUUGUACUUUUUUCCACUGAAGUUCAAAAGUUGUUCGAUGCACAUGUGGCAUAAAUGCAAAUAUUUGUAGAGCGUUGGAAGGUUGGUCUGUUUUGCUGCACAGCCAUUUUCUUUCUGGUGGACCGUUGAAUAACGGGCUAGAAAAUAUGAACACACUGAUACUUUAUUUUACUUUUUUAAAUUUUAUUUUAACAGUGCAUUCCUGUGCAAGAAUUGGGAUGGAUAUGAAAAGGUGCACUGUGUGUGUGGGUGUGAUUGUGUAGUGUGCCUGUGUGUGAGAGAAUGCAUGCUCCUCUAACUUGAAAAUGCAAGCUACGUUUCCAGAUUUUCAAUUCAGAAAUCAGUGGGUUUUUUCAUCCGAUGGCUACUAAGUAUAGUAAACAUUUUUGGGAACCACCAGGAUUUUCGCUCCAUUUUAUAAAUUAUUAUGACUCAAGGAGGGUAAUAGAUUGUUUUCACAUAAAGGAGACUCUCCUGUACUCUCCCAAUGCUAACCUUAAGGAAGGUGUAUUUAAAAUUGAACAAGACAAUAGAUAGUGCAACUAGUUAAGGAAGAGAAAAGAAAAGAACUCAGCACUCAAAAUCUACUUUUCUACACAUUAAGCAGCUAGGCAUAGUUAUUGCAGCUAGCUAUGCGUCGUCUGGAAAGGGGAAAAAAAUGGAAGAAAUGAUGUUUUCCAAAAUAGAAGAUCCCAUUUGAUGUACUUUCUGUGCACUGAUGCAUCUUCAAGUCACAAAAAGACUGCUGUGAAAAAUCGCACUUCGUUUGGACUCCCGAGGAAGUGGGCUUCUUGAGACAAUUCUCAGUACAAUGUGGGGACUGGUGAACAAUUUAUGUCUCGUUGUGUCCAGUGCUUGGUUGCACAAGAGACUAGAAAACAGCUGGAUGCCCUAUGCAAGUUUUAUUUCAAUAGUGCUUCCUCUCAGGUAGGUUAAUACAGGGUUAGGACAGCGCCACCACAAAG